AUGUCGCAGGGUACCCCAAGUACUCCUUCCGUGGUCGUAAAUGCCGCCAACAACAGACAGCAAGUCCCGCUUCGGGACUACUUGAAUGCAAGAGUGGCCCCCUUCUUAAAGAAAGCCGUCACAGAGAGCUUAGGCGUAGAAGCAGAAUUUCCCCUCCAAUGGCUGGGAGAAUGCCUCAUUCACCAAUCAACUCUAUAUGAAGGCAAUCCAGACCGAACAAAUAUUCGCGAACGGUUCCUGUACAAAUUCGAAGCCCCAAUACAUCAAGAGGAACUACCUACAGCACCUGCACACUCAGAACCUCCUGAAGUGCAACAACACGAGCCUGAGCGUCCUGAGAUUGCGAUGCAUGAGUCCGCCGAGUCUACUUUGGAGCCUCCUAUAGCCUCCGAAGCUUCUGCACCACAGGCGCCUUCUCCACAAGAUACAACAGUCACCAAUGGCGUGAAAGUCGAGGAGAAGGACGAGAAGGACGAGAAGGACUUGACAAAAGAUGCCGAUACAGAGAUGGGAGGCACAUCAUGA